GAAUAGUGAUGAUUAAGCUCUCAGUUGACGGCCUUCCUUCCCCCAGCAGGAGCAGCGGCUGAUGUCCCAGGUGCGAGUACUGCAGCUUUGGACCCACUCACCGCCGCCCCCGCACACACGCCGCCAUGCCCAAGAAUAAAGGAAAGGGAGGAAAGAACCGCAGGAGAGGAAAGAAUGAAAAUGAAGCCGAGAAGAGGGAGUUGAUAUUCAAGGAAGAAGGCCAAGAAUACGCUCAGGUGACAAAAAUGCUUGGAAAUGGAAGAUUGGAAGCCUUGUGCUUUACUGAUGGCAUGAAGCGUCUCUGUCACAUUCGAGGAAAACUUCGCAAAAAGGUAUGGAUCAACCAGGGAGACAUCAUCCUUCUGGGCCUCCGAGAUUACCAGGACAAAAAGGCAGAUGUUAUCCUCAAGUAUAAUGCAGAUGAAGCACGCAACCUGAAAUCUUAUGGAGAGAUCCCUGAAUCAGUUAAGGUUAAUGAGAACGCCACCUUCGUGGAAGAUGGCAUGGAUGACGAUAUUGAAUUCGAUGACUAUUCUGAAGAGGAGGAAGAUGUGGCUGAUAUCGAUGCGAUAUGAGGGCCCUUGCGUGCAAGGCUAUUGGAUAUCGGGGCUGGAGCAAACAUUCUGGAGUGCUGCUUGUUUAAGCAUCAGAUUAUAAAAAGAAUUGAUUCAUCUAUUUAUUAAUAUCCAAAUCUUUAGUGCAUCUAAUAGUUACCUAUAUUAAUAAAUGGUAGAGUAUAUUGUAUAAAGACAAGAGUUACUUGUUUUAGACUCUUCAUGUCAUUUGUGACUCAAGGCAUAGAACUUUAUUUCCCUGUCUUACUUUUAAGUCUAAUAUCUCUGAAAUUUGUUCUCCAGUAGUAGAUUUUGACAAAGAAGUUUGCAUAAAUUAUGUUUAGGUUUCUUUAGUACCUUUAAUUUUCUACUGUAUAACUAAAGUAUUUUGAAGUGAUCGAUUAAGAUUUUAUAUAAAGCCUAAUCCCUCAAUGCUCUUUUAAUGACUACAUUAGAUGAUAGCAAUAAAUUGAGGAAAAUAUUUGCCUUUGUUCCAUUGGAACAGCAGUAUUUUAAGGCUAUUAUAUUUAUUUGGCCACUUUAGUGUUUUGGUUUGCUUGGGACUUGUCAAUAUGAUAAUUCUAAUACAGUGAAGGUUUAUUUUUUUGAAUUGCAAUGGUUAAAAAUCCUAAUAGUUCAAAAUUUUAAGGCAGGGAAUCAUAAUCUGAAAAAUUUGUCUGAAUUCCUAGUGAUGGCCCUGCACCCAGAAUGGGGAGAUUCACACUAAUUCGUUUUUUUUUACUAUUACAAAAAAUAUUACAACUGAAAAAACUGAAAA